AAUCUGCUGUGUGACGUCACGAUUGUGGCAGAAGACAUGGAGAUCCCCGCUCACCGGGUGGUGCUGGCAGCCUGCAGCCCUUACUUCCACGCCAUGUUUACAGGUGAGAUGAGCGAGAGCCGAGCUAAGAGAGUUCGAAUAAAAGAGGUGGACGGCUGGACCCUGAGGAUGCUGAUUGAUUAUGUCUACACGGCAGAGAUCCAGGUCACGGAGGAGAACGUACAGGUCCUUCUCCCAGCAGCUGGCCUGCUGCAGCUGCAGGACGUGAAGAGGACAUGCUGUGAGUUCUUGGAGUCCCAGCUUCACCCUGUCAACUGCUUAGGAAUCCGGGCUUUCGCUGACAUGCACGCAUGCACAGACCUCCUGAACAAGGCCAACACCUAUGCAGAACAACAUUUUGCAGAUGUCGUACUUAGUGAGGAGUUUCUCAACCUCGGCAUCGAGCAGGUGUGCAGCUUAAUCUCAAGUGAUAAACUCACCAUUUCCUCAGAGGAGAAGGUAUUUGAAGCAGUAAUAGCCUGGGUAAACCAUGACAAGGACGUACGGCAGGAGUUCAUGGCUCGGCUCAUGGAGCAUGUCCGGUUACCCCUGCUUCCUCGGGAGUACUUGGUGCAGAGGGUUGAAGAGGAAGCGUUGGUGAAGAACAGCAGUGCGUGCAAAGAUUACCUCAUUGAAGCCAUGAAGUACCACUUGCUGCCCACGGAGCAGCGCAUGCUAAUGAAGAGCGUGCGGACCCGGCUGAGGACACCCAUGAACCUUCCCAAAUUGAUGGUGGUGGUCGGGGGCCAGGCACCAAAGGCUAUCCGAAGCGUGGAAUGCUACGACUUCAAAGAGGAACGAUGGCACCAGGUUGCAGAGCUGCCUUCCAGGAGAUGCAGGGCAGGGAUGGUCUAUAUGGCUGGGCUGGUCUUUGCUGUUGGUGGCUUCAAUGGCUCACUGAGAGUCCGUACUGUAGAUUCCUAUGAUCCUGUGAAAGACCAGUGGACCAGCGUGGCGAACAUGCGAGACCGAAGAAGCACGCUGGGAGCAGCUGUGCUCAAUGGGUUGUUGUAUGCAGUCGGGGGCUUUGAUGGCAGCACAGGUUUAUCGUCUGUGGAAGCAUACAACAUAAAAUCUAAUGAGUGGUUUCAUGUUGCUCCGAUGAACACCAGGAGGAGCAGUGUGGGUGUUGGCGUCGUUGGAGGUUUGCUCUAUGCUGUGGGGGGUUACGAUGGAGCUUCUCGCCAGUGUCUUAGCACAGUAGAAUGCUAUAAUGCUACCGCAAACGAGUGGACUUACAUAGCAGAAAUGAGCACCAGACGGAGCGGAGCAGGUGUUGGCGUGUUAAACAACUUAUUAUAUGCUGUAGGAGGGCAUGAUGGUCCUUUAGUACGAAAAAGUGUUGAAGUAUAUGACCCCACCACAAACGCCUGGAGACAAGUUGCAGAUAUGAACAUGUGCAGAAGAAAUGCAGGUGUCUGUGCAGUUAAUGGCCUGUUGUAUGUUGUUGGAGGAGAUGACGGUUCCUGUAACUUGGCAUCAGUAGAGUAUUAUAACCCCACCACAGAUAAGUGGACAGUUGUGUCCUCUUGUAUGAGCACGGGGAGAAGCUAUGCAGGGGUCACAGUUAUUGAUAAACCGUUAUGAGCCUGCAGGACAUUUUCAGCGUAUCAUUCCAUGAGAACCAGGUGUCAACAAGUAUUUCUGAAGGACUGAGAGCCUAGCUUCCACCUGGAGCCACACUUUACGUCUCAGCAGAAGAUGAGACUGUCUGCCUUCAGAGGCCUCGGAUACUGAAGAUUAUUUUUGGUAGAAGCACUGUGUAGGCUUUCUCUGUGCCGAGCAGCAGCUGACUGACUUUACAAGAGACCUAGACUGAAGCCCCUCCACUGUGGUCUUCAGGCAACAGUCGCUUUCAUAAAAACUAGUUCUUAUCAGCCUCGAAUGACUACCGAUUAUUUUGUGAAAGAGAAUAAAGUUAACAUGUGUUCUUGUAAAAUUAAGUUUUAUCUUUAUUCUUUCUCUUAAAAAAUCUUCUGGGAACAGAGAAUCUUUGGGACAGAUUAAAAUCUAUGUAAGUAUACUGUUGAGGGGUGAAACUGUUUGCUUUUAUAAAUAUCUUUGAUUACAUGACUAUAAUAAAUUGUUGUGCAUAUAAAUGUGUGUCUAUAUGCUUUCCUUUAAAUAUGUUUGAAAAGAUGUUUGAUUAUCUAUUUAUAAUUGGCACAGUACUUUGAAUUAUGCCAGUACUACAUUGUAAAACAGAGUUGUAUUUUUUGAUAUUUAACAAUGCUUAACACUUUAAAACGCCACUUCUGAGGAAUGAAUGAACAUGGCGUAACACACUUUAAUAUGUGUGAUGCCAAACUUUUUUAAAUAAAAUAUAAAUUAUGCUUAUUUAUUAUUUUUCUUUAGUUGAAUCUUGAUCAUGUUUUGGUGUGUGUUUUUAAUUUUUUUUUUCUUAAAGUAACACUUUUGGCAUGAACAUACCUGCAGGUUUUUUGAUGAAUAUAAUGAAUGUGUGGAAUUCAACUGAGUUUGCAUGGUCUUAAGAAUUUUUUUGUGUGUAUAAAUUUAGCUGCUAUUAACGGAAGAGAAAGCUUUCUGUGACUCAUCAUGUAUAUUGAGCAGAUAGUUUUUCUGAGAUCUUCGCUUAAUCUCUUUAAAGAUGACCAACAUGUGUCUUUCUUGAAUUAUCUUUGAAUAAAAGUUUGUAUAUUAUUUGUUUCACAA